AUGCCCUUUCAUUACUCCUCACUAGUUGUCAAGAAGAAGGAAAAUUACACUAGUGUGCACGAAGCAGUGAAAGCUGGGGAUGUAGAACAGCUUGCAUCGAUGAUAAAAAGUGGAGCCAGUAUUAAUGAGGUGGAUGUAGUUCACAAAUUCACACCCUUGCAGUGUGCUGCCCACUCGGGAAGUCUGGAGUGCCUGCAGUGGCUGCUGUGGCAUGGAGCUGACACCGCACGCGUGACCGUGAGAGGCUGGACUGCGGCUCACCUGGCGGCCAUCCGAGGGCAGGAUGCCUGCAUGCAGGCCCUGUUACAGAGCGGAGCGGACGCAGCGGCUCGGGACGAGCGCGGCUGCACGGCCUCGCACCUGGCCGCAGCCCACGGGCACUCGUACACGCUGCAGAGCCUGCUGCGCACGGGGGCGGAUGUAAAUGUUUCAGACAGGAAUGACUGGAAACCUGUUCAUUAUGCUGCUUUUCACGGUCGCUUGGGGUGUUUGCAGCUUCUUGUUCGAUGGGGAGCGUGUGUAGAUGAUGUGGAUAACAAUGGAAACCUUCCAGCACAUCUGGCAGCAGUGGAAGGACACUUGCAUUGCUUUAAGUUCUUGCUCAGGAAAAUGGCCAGUGUCACACACACUCUGAAAGCCAGGAAUGACCACGGAGAGACUCCAAGGGACUUGGCUGAACGGUUCUACAAAGAUAAUAUUCUGCAAUAUAUCGAUGGUGUGGAAAAAGAGGAGGAACAUCCAGAGACACAGGAAGUUUUAGCUUUCCCAGCUCAUGAUGCUGCUUUCAGUGGGGACUUGUUAGUGGUUAGAAGCCUAGUAAGAAGUGGAGUAAUCAACAUUAAUGAGCGAGACGAUAAGGGAUCCACUCUGCUGCACAAAGCUGCUGAACAGGGGCAUAUCCAUUGCUUACAGUGGUUGGUUGAAAUGGGAGCUGACUGUGACAUUACAAAUGAUGCUGGAGAGACUCCAAAGGAUGUAGCCAAGAGAUUUGGCCAUCUGGCAGCUGUGGAACUGUUGACACCAAGAACUGGAAACAGUAACUCUAGUGAUGAAGAACUAGAUGCAAGCAACAUCAAGUUUUUUGAAACACAUGGUGUGGAAGGGAGUACAGAUAGCAAAGAAGAUUUAACUCUGGAUGAAGCAGAGAAAAGGAAUGCACGUGUAAGGGCCUAUCACAAGAUUAAAGAACUUCAGAGACUUCUAGAAAUUGCCUACAGCAACUACAGACAGCUGGGGGGAAUAACUGAAGAGGAGAAGAAGAUGAGAAAAGAAGAAAGGAAAGUUGAGAAGGCUGUGAGGGAGCUGGAGGCGCAGCUGGAGUAUGAGCGAGUCAGGCGGGAGAAGCUGGAGAGCCAGCUGGAUGAUUACCGUGCUGAGAUAAACCAGCUCCGAGAGGGCCGCGGGAAAACCCGCACCGCCUCUGCUGCCUCCGUGGAAGCUGAGACAAUGGCCAAGUCUUGCAAAGAUGAAAAUAAAGAAGCAGUCAGCCUGCAGCCCAGGAGGAGUGCGACUACACUGAGGAACGAACCUCAAAGGAGGGGCAGCAGACUGGAGAAGAAAUCAGCUGCAAACAGAUGGAGGAAUUAACAACUGUAGAGCAGAGCCUCCUAAACCUCCCAGAUUGCUGCAGGUGUGACAGAACAAUUCCAGAAGCCAAUGGCUGGACUCAGGUGCCGUACCCUGCACAGCAGCAGCAGUGCUGAGAUGGGAGGCCCAAUGCAGCAGCCUGAGGAGCCACGUUUCCAGAGACACAUCCCAACAAUUAUGCUGGAUGCCUCAGAGCACCACAGGCUACAGGGGCUUGUACUACUGUCACCCAGCUACUGGAAACCGCACUGCAGGAGAGCUGCCUGCACAAGGCUCACGUUAGACACCCCAAAUUUCCCAUGGAACCAAAAUGACAAUGAAUUUGAAAAUGAGCUGUCAAACACAACAGCACUCCUGAAACCUGACAAGUUGUCUUUUGGAUUUGUUACACUGCUGUUUCAAUUAGUGUUAGAAUAAAGCUAAUUACAUUUGCCUUUGAACUUAUUCUCACUUCCAAAUACAAUGCAUUACUCUCUUUUUAUCCAGCUCCUACACAAUAAAAACUUCAUUGGU